UCAUUGGUGGUUUUCCUUGUUUGGUAUUUGUGAGUUAAAAAUAAUUAUUCUGUACAGUUAAAUACAAGGUUAAAUGUAAUAACUAUAACAAAUCAGUAUUAUAAAUAGUUAAAAAUGUGCACGAAAGGAGUUUUUUCGUUAUUCAAUAAAGACGUAGAGGAAGGUUACAAUGAGGACCAAGACAACCUGCAGCCACUGAUCAACAUAAACAAUCCACAUAACCGCCCUCGACCCAACAGGCCACAACAGCUGGGAUUCACAGAUACGAUGCCUGAAAUCCAAAAGAUGCACUUCUACGAUUCGACACCAUCAGUCAUGUCCACGCCAGAUGUAACCCCGGCACCAGAAAUAGAAGAUACAUGGCCUAGAAAAUGGCGACGGAGCGACCGACGUCUCAGAAGACUUAACACAGAACUACUAGAGGCGAUAGAGGGCCAUGACGUGGAAGAAGUUGAAAGGUUGCUCCAUUCCGGUGCAAAUCCAAACGCAACAUGUCGUCUCGACCUUGUAUCAGCUUGUCACAUAGCUGCUAUAGCUGGUGGAGAUGCACUCGGUCUACUCAUCAAGUUCGGAGCUGAGAAACAUCGGUUAGACAGACUGGGACGGACACCUUUACAUUUGGCUGCAUUCGCGGGCAAUGCGAGACAAGUUGCGAUACUGCUGAACUUUCCAGAAGAAAUGCAAGAUCGUGUUGAAAGCGAUAUGUCUUCUGAUGCCGAAGAAGACGUAAGAAAGAUGUGUCCAAGAACCAGAGACAUGGUGAACAUACGCUGUGACUUAGGUGAUGUGAGGACAUUACUACCUAAGACAUGGAAGGAUAACAUUGAUCACAAUUGCAAGAAUAUUGAAGGAUCUUUACCUCUCCUGCAACCAGGCUGGACACCACUUCACGUGGCAGCGGCUUGCGCUCGGAUGCACUGCACGCGGCUGUUACUGGCUGCGGGCGCUGACCCUAACAUCUGCGACGAGGCCGGCAGAACCGCCCUUGAUGUUGCCGGUUAUGGACAUUACUUUAACCGGAAUAUUAACAAAAAAAAUUUCCUAUCUGUGUUGCAAAUGUUACAUAAUGCUGGUGGGACACACAAUACGAUGAAGACUAAAGGUCUCAAUAAUUUAGACACGCCAUUACACACAGCAGUCGAACUAGAUGAUAUUGAUAGUAUUAACGAAUUGCUUAGAGCUGGAGCUUCUGUUAAGUGUUUAAACUCUUCGGGACAAACACCUCUACAUGUGUGUGUUAAGAAGGAAUUAGAGGAACCUUUACAGAUUUUAGCAAAUCACAAUUAUAAAGAUCCUGAUCCAUUAAUGGCUAUGGUUGAUGUGAAGGACAAAGAAGGUCAUACAGUACUCCAAGCAGCAGUGGAAGCUGCGUGGGUUCCUGGAGUGUGCGUAGCUCUUGAAGCUGGUGCUGACGUCACAUUAAAGGCAAACGACGGAGAAACACCAAUCCACUCUGCAGCAGCUUUAGGCAAUUUAGAUGUUUUAACAGAAAUUCUUAGCUUAGCAAAACAAACUAAUUUCAUUGAUUGUCAAAAUGAAGAAGGCGAGACGCCUUUGAUUAAAGCUAUUAUAAAUGAGAACCUUGAUUGUGUUCAAGCUAUACUCCAAGAAGGUGCUUCCAUAAAGCUUACAAUGCCUGGAGAUGUCAACGUAUUCCAUGUGGCAGCAGAAAAUGGAUGUUUAGAUAUACUAAAAAUUCUUUUAGAAUACGACGAUGAUGUUACACGUACUAUGAUUAAUUCUCUAACAGCAGGGGAUAGAAGAGGCUUCGGACCUAUACAUUUUGCAGUCGCCAAUAACCACUCGAAAUGCGUACAACUUCUAUUAUCGAAAAAUGCUGAUAUAAGACUUCGAACAACUAGCAGUCCUCAUGGUAGUUCAACUCCUUUACACAUAGCUGCUGUCUACAAUCAUAUAGAAAUAGCAAAUGUUAUAUUGAAAUUUGAUAAGACAACCAUUCACGAAGUUAAUGGUAUGGGAUGGUUUCCCUUACACACUGCAAGUCACCAUGGCAGUCGCGAUGUUAUAACACUGUUACUCCAAGAAGGUGGUGAUUUAUCUGGUUAUACAGAUGGUCCAAAGAAAUAUAGAAGAACAGCGAUAGACAUGAUAGUCAACAAUAUAUCAAAGCCAACAGAUUUCUUAGAAGACGUAUUCGAUUCUUAUAUUUCAUCGAAUUGUCAGAACUUCAAAGAUUCCAAUUGUGAGAUCACAGUCGACUAUAGAAUAUUAAUGCCGACUAUUUGUGAAAUGGAACAGAUGAAAGUAAUCGAAGCUCUUCUUAAAACUGGCAAUAGAUAUGGACAGAAAAGAUUAUUAGUACAUCCAUUAGUUGAAAGUUUUCUAUACUUAAAAUGGAAGGCACUUUUGCCAUUUUUCUACACAAUAAUCGCUGUUUAUUCUCUAUUUGUUACAUCUUUGACUAUAUUUAUUGUGUCUGUAUUCUUUUACAUGGAUACAAAGGAAACAGCUCCGAUAUGGUUGAACCAGAAUAUCUGGGGAUACAUCGUUUACUCAACGAUCUUUCUAAUUCUCGUUCAGGAACUUCUUUAUAUGAAUAUUAAAAGUAGUAGAUACUUUUUUCAAUUAGAAACAUGGGUUAAAUUCGGAUCUAUAGGAUUGGCAAUGAUAUUACCAGCAGCUAUUAUGAUAACACCAUGGUUGACUGCGGAAUGGUUACGUCAUGUCGCGACACUAGCGCUACUGUUGUCGUGGUUGGAACUAAUGUUUUUACUAUCAAGGUUCCCAAAUGGAGGCUAUUAUGUAUUAAUGUUUGGGAAAGUAGCUUCGAAUGUUAUAAGGAUAAUACUGACAUUCGCGUUCUUAAUAAUAGGAUUUGCAUUAAGUUUCAUGAUACAAUUCCACGCUCAAAUACCCUUCGAAGGUCCAUGGGCAGCUUUCGUUAAAACUAUGGUCAUGAUGACAUCUGAAUUUGAUUACGUUGCAUUAUUUGAUGAGGAGCAUUCUAAAGAUCUUGCCACUUCACUAAUAAUAGUAAGAGUUGUGUUUCUUAUAUUCCUAAUUCUAGCAGCAAUAGUACUAAUGAAUCUACUAGUAGGUGUUGCUGUAAACGAUAUUAAUGAUUUAGAAGUACUAGGAAAUAUCAGAAGAUUAGCUAAACAAGUAGAAUUUCUAAGUACACUAGAUAAUUUAGUAUAUAAUAAAUUCUUUAAUAAAAUUCUACCGAACAGAAUAAAUAAUCAGAUCAAAACAAAACGGAGAGUUAUAGGUACUAUUAUGUUGUGUCCGGGGAAACCAAGAUGGCGGCACAACAAGGUAAUGCCAACUCGAAUCCGUGACGCAAUAAUGAACAAAGCCCAAAUACAGCAAAAGCAAAGAGAAGACGAAUUAGGAUUGCAAAUGUUUAAUGAUAAAUUAAAUGCAAUGUAUGAAAUAAUAACAAAACAAGAUCGAGAACAAAAAAAGCAAACAGAAAUAGAUAAAUCUGAAUAUAUAGCAGAUAAAUUUAAAAUGAAACAUGAUAAUGUACUGAAACGCUUACAUUCUGUAGAUCAUGACAUAAAGUUGGUCAAAGAACAAAUUAAUACAUCUAUAGAAAAUUCAGAGUCGUCAGUAGAUAAAUUAAACGUAAAAAUAGAUCAAAUGUCUUUAGAUAUUGAAGAAAUUAAACAUUUUCUGAGUAGACUGGAAAGCAAAUUAGGUAGCCUAUAGAUUUACGUAAACGAAUUCAAUGGAAAGGAGAAUUUUUAAUAAGCCUUUCUAAAUAAUUUUAUCUUUAUAAGUCUGUAAUCAUAGACUUAUAAGAAACAGAUACGAUUGUAACAUUAAUUUAAACUCUGAAACGUUACAAAACAAAUCUUACUAAUUUUAAAAAUGCGAUAGUUUAGAUGC